UAGUUUAGUGACAGGAUGUAUCCGACGCCGACGCGGCACCCGGCGGGGUCAGUGAGGGGGCCGCAACCUACCGCCGGACCUAUAAAGUUUACAAUAGCGGAUACUUUAGAACGCAUAAAAGAAGAAUUUAACUUUCUACAAGCUCAGUAUCACACGCUUAAAUUGGAAUGUGAUAAGUUAGCUAGCGAGAAAACUGAAAUGCAGCGACACUAUGUCAUGUAUUACGAAAUGUCAUAUGGCCUAAAUGUUGAAAUGCAUAAACAGACGGAAAUAGCUAAACGACUUAGUGCAAUAAUUGGACAAGUGUUACCAUUUCUGGCUCAAGAACAUCAGCAACAAGUUGCUUCGGCCGUCGAUAGAGCCAAGCAGGUCACUAUGCCCGAACUUAAUGCUAUUAUUGGGCAACAACAACAACAAGGCCUCCAGCAACUUCUUCAACAGAUUCACGCGUCCGCGGGUCUCCCACACGGCGUAAGCGGAACGGGAGCCCUACUAGGCGCAGGGAGCUUGUUGUUCCCCGGAGCGGGGCCCCCGCCCACCCCACAUCUACCGCCUCCAGCUCACAAGGUGGAGCUCCCUCCUCCCUCGGACAUCAAGCCGCCCGUGUUACCGGGUGGGGCGGCGGCGUCUGCCCUACAUCCGGGACAGCCGGCACCCCGGGACGACGACCGGAUGUCCUCGCGGGUUAUGAACCAACAACAACGUCACUCAGUCUCACCUCAUGAACGCGAACAGAAGUACCGUCCCCGUUCACCGGAACCGGAACCGUUGGACAUGAAACGUAGGAAGGAAGAAAAGGUACUCGGUCAUGUGAGUCUAUGUAGUGAUAGCGACGCAGAAAAGAGUGACCAAGAUCUUGUUGUUGAUGUGGCAAACGAGGAGGAAAGAGGUUCACCUAAUGUAAGAACAGAAGGUGAAAGAACAGAAAACGGACCCCGACCUCCAUCGAGAUCUGGAUCGUCUUCUAGCAGAUCAACACCCAAGAGUUCGAAGGAUGAGAAACCAGGAACUCCCGGGGCUAAAAACCGCGCCCCAACGCCUACGGGGCGCUACGCGUUCCCGUCGUACCCCGGCUACCGGCCGCCCCUGCCCUACGACGGACCUCACGCCCGGACCAACGGCGUUCCUCCGUCGAAACCCGCGUACGCGUUCCACUCGUGCGGCGGGCCGCUGCAGGCGGUGCCGUUCCCCGCGGACGCGCUGGCGGGCGCGGGCGUGCCGCGCGGCGCGCGCGCCGUGGCGGCGCUGGCGCACGGCGACGUGGUGUGCGCCGUGGCGCUGUCGCUGGCGGCCGGCGCGCGCCGCGCCUACACCGGCGGCAAGGGCUGCGUCAAGCUGUGGGACAUCUCCAGCCCCGGCGCGCCCGCCGCGCCCGAGCCGCUCGCGCAGCUCGACUGCCUGCAACGCGACAACUACAUCCGCUCGGUGAAGCUGCUGCCGGACGGGCGCACGCUGCUGGUGGGCGGCGAGGCGUCCAGCCUGUCCAUCUGGGACCUGGCCGCGCCCACGCCGCGCAUGCGCGCCGAGCUCACCUCCUCCGCGCCCGCGUGCUACGCCCUCGCCAUCAGCCCCGACUCGAAGGUAUGCUUUAGUUGCUGUUCAGAUGGCAAUAUAGCUGUAUGGGAUCUGCACAAUCAAACUUUAGUUAGACAAUUCCAAGGUCACACAGACGGUGCAUCAUGUAUAGACAUAAGUCCAGACGGCACCAGGUUAUGGACGGGAGGGUUGGAUAACACGGUGCGUUCCUGGGACUUGCGGGAGGGGAGACAGCUUCAUCAGCACGACUUCUCUAGCCAGAUAUUCUCUCUAGGAUACUGUCCUACUGGCUCGUGGCUGGCGGUGGGCAUGGAGAACUCGCACGUGGAGGUGCUGCACGCGGCCAAGCCGGACCGCUACCAGCUGCUGCUGCACGAGUCGUGCGUGCUGGCGCUGCGGUUCGCGGCCGGCGGGCAGUGGUUCGCGUCCACCGGCAAGGACAACCUGCUCAACGCCUGGCGGACUCCCUACGGGGCUAGUCUCUUCCAGACUAAAGAAUCAUCAUCGGUGCUCAGUUGUGAUAUAUCAGCGGACGAUAAGUUUAUAGUGACGGGUUCAGGUGACAAGAAAGCGACGGUGUAUGAAGUGUUGUACUGAAACAGUGGUGUGAAAGACAGUGAUAAUCUCAUAGGCAAUAAUAAAGGGUAUCUUGUGGUCCAGUGGAACUUCAAGCUGUAAGAUAAAUGGGUACAUUAAGGAGAGAAAAUAAAUGUUCAAAUAUA